CUUCCGUCUGCUAGAGAUGCAGCCGCUGCUGUCUGCUCUGCUCUUCUGGGAGGAAAUGGUGAGGUGAGACUGCAAGGUGCAGGGAGUUUCAUGUACACUGACCGGAGCAGGAGCCUGGCCUCCAUGCUGUGCCCUUACCCUGCUUGCUGGAUUGUGAGUGCCGGGCCAAAGGAUGGAGACCGUACAGCUGCGGAACAACCCCAGAAGGCAUCUGAAGAAGCUAAGCGAAGAAAGUCUCAAUAAGCAGCCGGAAGAAGUUUUUGAUGUCCUCGAAAAACUUGGGGAGGGGUCCUAUGGCAGCGUAUAUAAAGCAAGCCACAAGGAAACAAGUCAGAUUGUUGCAAUUAAGCAGAUUCCCGUUGAGUCUGAUCUUCAAGAGAUUAUCAAGGAAAUAGCCAUCAUGCAGCAGUGUGAUAGCCUCCACGUUGUGAAGUAUUACGGGAGCUAUUUUAAAAACACAGACCUGUGGAUCGUCAUGGAGUUCUGUGGAGGGGGAUCCAUUUCUGACAUUAUCCGACUCCGCAAACAAACGUUGAAAGAAGAUGAAACUGCAACUAUUUUGCAGUCGACUCUCAAGGGACUGGAGUAUCUUCACUUUAUGAGAAAGAUUCACAGAGAUAUAAAAGCUGGGAAUAUAUUACUGAAUUCUGAAGGCACCGCCAAGCUCGCUGACUUCGGAGUGGCCGGGCAGCUCACAGAUACAAUGGCAAAGAGGAACACAGUCAUCGGGACACCGUUUUGGAUGGCUCCAGAAGUGAUCCAGGAAAUCGGAUACAAUUGUGUUGCUGACAUAUGGUCCCUUGGUAUCACUGCAAUUGAAAUGGCAGAAGGAAAGCCGCCAUACGCUGAAAUUCAUCCAAUGAGGGCGAUAUUUAUGAUACCUUCCAACCCACCCCCUACAUUUAGAAAACCUGAACUUUGGUCAAAGGAUUUUGUGGACUUUAUUAACCUGUGUCUUGUGAAGAACCCUGAACUGAGGUCCAGUGCCACCGAGCUUCUGCAGCACCCAUUCAUCAAAACAGCCAAAGGGGAGUCCAUUUUACGUCACUUAAUAAACGAAGCCCAGGAUGCAAAGCUGAAGAGGACUGAACUGAAACAGAGAGAAGUGGAGCCUGAAGAGGAGGAGAAUGCGGAUGAGGAUGAAGCAGACGUGGGCACCAUGGUCCAAGCAGGCAGCAAAGAUCUGAACACAAUGAAAGAGUUUAGUACAAUGAAUGAAGCAGCAGAUUGCACCAUGGUGGAAAAGGACAAACUGAACACCCAGAUGGGCACCAUGCUGAUAAAUGAUGAAGAUGAGGAGGAAACGGGUACAAUGAAACAAUGCACUGAGUCGGUACAGCCAGCCAAACCCUCAUUUCUGGAAUAUUUUGAGCAAAAGGAAAACCAGUUUGGCACCCCGGAAAAGACAACUCCGGCCCCAUCUACGGACCCCUCGGAAUGGAAAAUACCACUCAAUGGAGACUAUAGCUUUCUGAAAGACUGGAGUGUGACUGAGCUUCAGCUGAGACUGAAUUCCCUGGAUCCCAUGAUGGAACAAGAGAUUGAAGAAAUACAUCACAAGUAUCAAGCCAAGCGGCAGCCAAUCCUGGAGGCCAUAGAGUCCAAGAAACGCAGGCAACAGAACUUCUAAAAGUCUUAAAAGCACCUCUCAUAUAUGGGCUACUGACCCACAGAUACAUGUACACGUAACGCACACGCUUACACGCAUACACACACCUACACGCUUACACGCACACACAAACCUACACUCAUACACACCUACACACACACCUACACGCACACACCUACACGCUUACACGCACACACAAACCUACACUCAUACACACCUACACACACACCUACAUGCACACGCUUACACGCACACACACACACACACACCUACAUGCACACACAAACCUACACUCAUACACACCUACACGCACACACACGCUUACACGCACACACAGCAUCACAUUACUCAGGUUAUAUUCCAGUUUGCCUUGACUUGCCAUUACAUGGAUUAGUACUUGAUUUUCUUAAAGAGGAAAAAAAAAAUGACCGGUACAUUUUCAUAAAGAAUUUUUUUUAAAAGUUUAAAAAAAUAUAUAUAUAUUUGUUGCUAUAGAAAGCUAAGAUUAAAUCCAUUCAAUACGGUACCAGACCCAGUGGGCGAAAAGAGCUUUUAGCCUGAUGUAAAUAAUUUUUUUAUGUAAUGAUAUUUUUGGAGCAUUCACUGUUAAAAUAAUAUGUAUUUUAUAUCUUAAAUAAAUGAUAGAAACUCA